CAGACUUCGUCCGCUGUUUUGUGGAUCGCCGGUCGGCCUCUGUCAGCGCGCCGGUCGCCGCCAAACUCGUUCAGCCGCCGCCGGUCUACUGCCCUCACAUGCCGGGCUGUGGAUUUCGAUUUCCUACUAAAGUUUGGUAAUUUUUGGAUUUAUGGUGAAUUAGGAGGUUGAGACCGAAUUAUUGAGAAAUUUAAAGCCGCUGUCCAGCGGGUUUAAGCGUGUAAUUUGGCAUUAGAGUUAUUUGGGGUACAUUGAUUUUGUAGCUUGAGGUAUAUUUGGAAUAACACAUUUCGGGUAUGACUAUUUGUUUAGAUAAACUGAUGAAUGAAUUUAGGCCUAAAGGUUUAAUUAAAUUUUGGCUCAUGUUUUGGGAUUUGCUUCAAGGUUUUCUAAGAGCCUAGGUGGAGUUCAGUUGGUUGAAUAAAAAUACGUGAACAGAGUCAAUACGUAGAAUUCCAAUGUUUUGUAGAAGACUACUGAAUCUUGUGAGUGAGCAAGAGUUGGUUUUACAAAGAUUUGUUGGAACCUUGACGAAUUCAAGCAAGGGUCCCUUUCUAUGGUACUCAACAAGGUCUAGCUCUGCAGCAUUACUGCAGAGGCCAAAGAAGUCAGAGAGGAAGCCAUUGGUAACGAGUAUAAACAAACUCAAACGUGAAGCAAGAUUGAGAAAGAAGGAGAGGCAGACUGUAGAAGAGAUCUCUUUACAGCCUCCAGCCAAUGGUCUGCUGGUCAAGGGCUUGAUUCCAGUUGCCCAUGAAGUUUAUGCUGCCACUUCUGAGCUCAUUUCUUGUGUUUCAACAGUGAUCAAGAGAAGCGUGGUAUAUUAUUGCAAAGUCUGUGGACAGGUUCAUAUUGGUCAUCCACCACAUAAGAUUAGAACAUGCAAUGUUGCAGGGAGCAGACCAAACAAAGAACACACAUGGGAAAUUGGGGGAAUGCAACAUGUGCUUCCUACUGUGGAAUCUUUCCAUAUAUAUGAUCGUAUUGGGAGAGCGGUUUCACAUAAUGAGCAGCUCCGGGUAGAUCGAAUUACAGCAUUAGUAGAAUUGUGUAUUCAAGCUGGUGUUGACAUCCCUGAGUACCCUACAAGGCGAAGGACUUUUCCCAUUUAUAAUGUUGCUGGUAGGACACUCGACUUUGAGAAAAGGUUUCCCAAGAAUUUCACCCCAAGGAAAGACAUUAACGCGUGUGGGUUUUGGAAUGAUAGAAAAAGAUCGAAUGAGGAUAUGACAUCCAUAAGUUGUGAUGAUAUGAAAGUGAUUGCUGUGAGAGGCAUGGGGUUAUGGGAUAAAAUGAUUUCAGGAACAGAAAAACUCAUGGAAAAGUAUGCUGUACAAACAUGUGGCUAUUGUUCGGAGGUUCAAGUUGGGCCUAAAGGUCACAGGGUUAGGAAUUGUCAUGCUUACAAGCACCAAAUGAGGGAUGGGCAACAUGCGUGGCAGGAAGCAACAGUUGAUGAUUUGAUUCCCCCAGUGUACGUUUGGCAUGUUCAAGAUGUGCAUAGCACUGAGCCUCUACUGGAUAAUCUGAAGAGGUACUAUGGUAUCUUGCCUGCAGUGGUGGAGUUAUUUGCUCAAGCCGGAGCUGAUGUCGGUGUGAGAUACACUAGUUUGAUGAAGAAAGAUGUUGUAGUACCAGAGUUAGAUGAAUUGAAAUUGGUUGUUUAAUUGUAAAGUUCAAUGGUCAACUGAAAUUCUGCGCAUUCUGCCAGGCAAAGGGGGAUCUGAAAUUGUGACGUGAGUUAUAUCAUUUGGUGCCGAAGCAUUGCUCUUCAAACAAAGAAAAAUGGACUGAUGGAAUAACUGAAACUCGUGUGAAUGCUAUUAUGAAUGCACAAGGAUUACAUAACAGAGAAGCAUUGUUGUGGACUGUGGAAAGAGUUUAGCUUGGCGUCCAUGGUUUGGCAAAGACAAAGGGAAGGACAAAUGAGCAGGGGGAUUAGUUUUGGUCGCAUCGCAUUAUUUGCAUCUUUGUUGAAUGUCCUGUGGCGUCUAGUGGAAACAUCCCACAAGUGACUUUAAACUCUAAAUAUGGGUUGAGAUGUGACUGUUACGACCAUCUGGCCUACAUAACCUAAUGGAAUUGGCUUAGUUAAUGGAAGAUAAAAAGUUGAUCCUGCUGUGGCAAUUAGGUGUUAUGGAAGAACAAGUCUAGAAAGGCCACUAGACUUUGUAGAUAUCAACUCCAAAGCAAAUUCGAGUCCAGUGGCGUUUUGUUCAACAACAAUUUAGAUUUUGAAGUAGGCAUGAACGGCGAUCAUAAAGGCUAGGCUUUGUUGCCACUUAGACUUAAUGUCAUGCUAUGUUAGAUGACCUGAAAUUCCAGUUGAAAAGGACUUGACAGAUGAACCACAUCACAGUGAUAUGGUUAUUCUUACAGUUAUAUAUAACAUUCUGUGGCAGCAAAGGAGCAAACGAAAAAAAGAUUAGCUCUAAGAUUCAGUAGUUAGAACAAAGGAGGUUGCACACCUUUGUUUUUUAGCUCUUGAGGUUCAAAGUGUAUCAAAUCAAUUCAUUUCUCAUUUUUCUCAAAACGUUGGAAAAUAUCUCGGAUUACAUUCUUCA